AUGUCUUGUUACGACACAACAUUUCCAUCAGCCCAUAUUCGCGCGAUACAACCUUAUUAUAUUGAUCCCGCAAACCUAAAUAAUCUCGAAGUAGAGUUCACGCAUCUGUAUUCACCUCGACAAACUUCAAUUGGUACCCCCACUAUACAUCUUCCAUCUCUUCUCGAAGGCUACAACUUCAAUAUACACACAAUCAACACUCCUAUAACGCGCUACUCAUCCUUCGAGCCCGGUACGGAUGUCCAACGCAGCGCUCUUCGGGUUCACAAGUCAACUCCGCCCAAGUAUAAGCAACCUAACACGGGGAAAGGCGAAAAUGAUGGCCAACCCACGGAGGGCUUUUCGACCAACUACCACGGAGUGAAGAACGAAAGAAACAAGCCCGACAAUAUUACAAACAGCGAGAACUGUGCUGUCUGGGUCGAAGGUCUACCCGCCGAUAUUGAUUAUCCUACGCUCUUAUCGCAGCUUCGAGACACAGGCAAGAUAUAUGCCAUUUUCAUCAACAGCCCUAUCCAAGGGCAUAGAACUUGUGCCGCAAAAAUCGAGUUCUGGGGGCGAGAUGGCGUAGCGAAACUAUUCGAAAAGGUCAAAACCGGAAACCUCAAGUUUGAUGAACGGGUGCCUACCGUACGACCGAACCGCGUCAAAAAGAGCGCGCAGCCAACUUCCCCUCGCUCCAGAGUUAUUGAGAUUAGAGGGCCUGUCGAAUUGGUAAAUUACAAGACUCUUACUAUAGAGCUACGACAGGCGCUUUAUUACGACAUCGAAUCAGUCGAAACCCUGUGGACAUAUGGAGGACAGUCGUGUAUGCGAUGGACUUUUGCAUCCCACAGAAACCAGGCCGAAACCGCGAUGCGCCUCUUGGUCAGCAAGAAGAACCAUAUCGAGCAAACUCUAUGGCAGCAAGUCGUUUUCCGCUAG